GGUGGCUGCGUACGUGCGCCCGCCCGCGCGCGGGCUGGUCACGCCCUCCUCUCUCCGUCCUUUCCCGCCCAUGUGGAACCUCAGCACCGGCCGGCCCGGGCCGUUGGUGUACACAGAUCCUGGACCUUUUUUUCCUAACUGAAUAAUCUGCUGACUGAGAAACCAGAUUUGAGCUACAUUUUCCUAAUUUUUUUUACUUUCUUCCUGAUUGGAAGAGCACAGCAGUGGCUCCCUGCUCACUUCAAUGUCAGUUUGCUGCUAAUGGGUGUAAGUAAACUAGAUGUCUUUUACAGGAAGCUGCUCCUCACUAAACUUUUCAUCAGAGGAUGGGGAAAGCCAGAGGAUCUGAAAAGAAUAUUUGAAUUCAGAAAGAUUAUUGGAAACAGGGAAAAAUGCCAGACGCUGGUUUCCAAAGACUACCCGGUGUUCAUUGACAAGGUUGAGCAGCAAUCUGACUGUAAAAUCCUUGAAGGCCACUUCCUUUCCCCGUUGGCUCAUUGUGUCCCAGGUAUCCUGCCAGUUGAAUCUCUUGUGGCAAGAUUUCAGUUCAUCAUACCCAGAAGAUGGAAUAGCAAGCACAGACCUGUGUGCAUUCAUUUAGCAGGCACUGGAGAUCAUCACUUCUGGAGGAGACGCACAUUAAUGGCACGCCCAAUGAUAAAAGAAGCCUGCAUGGCAUCCCUGUUGCUAGAAAAUCCCUACUAUGGCUCUAGAAAACCUAAGGAUCAAUUACGGUCAUGUUUAAAAAAUGUCUCGGACCUGUUUGUGAUGGGAGGAGCUCUUGUUCUAGAAUCUGCAGCUCUUCUGCACUGGCUAGAGAGAGAAGGCUAUGGACCACUAGGGAUGACUGGAAUAUCCAUGGGAGGACAUAUGGCUUCACUGGCAGUGACAAACUGGCCUAAACCAUUGCCAUUGAUACCCUGUCUUUCCUGGUCAACAGCUUCUGCUGUCUUCACUACGGGUGUGUUGAGCAAGGCAGUGAACUGGAGAGAGCUAGAGAAACAGUAUUUUACACAAACUGUUUAUGAAGAAGAAAUCAUUCAAAUGCUGGAAUACUGUGGAACAGAUUCUUUCAAGAUGGGACAAGACUUUGUUAAAAACUUCCCUGAGAGUGUGGACAGUCUGGAGGAUGUGGACAUGACUUCCAGAUUGUUUGACCUUGAUUCCUCAAACAAGAUUGUAUCUAAAGAAGCUGUUCACAGCUUUGCCACAAAUAAAAGUACUCUAAGUGCCUCAUCAGAAAGACUCCUAAUACAAGAAGCUCCUAAAAUGCAGUGCAUAAAUCAAACAUUUUCAACCAGUAGCAAUAUCAAUAACAAUUUCACCAGCCCACAAGGACACUGGAUAAAUAAAGGAAGAAAGAAUGACACUUUGCAGAGAGAAUCCUUAAGGUUCAUGAAAGGAGUAAUGGAUGAGUGUACCCAUGUAGCUAACUUCUCAGUUCCAGUUGACCCAAGUUUGAUCAUAGUUGUACAAGCUAAGGAGGAUGCCUAUAUUCCUCGAACUGGGGUGCGCAGUCUUCAGGAAAUCUGGCCUGGAUGUGAAAUCAGGUAUCUGGAUGGAGGUCAUGUCAGUGCCUACCUCUUCAAACAAGGACUCUUUAGGCAAGCUAUUUAUGACGCCUUUGACCGCUUCCUUCAGAAAUACGCCGUUUAAAAACCUUCCUACUGAAUUCAAACUGCUCUCAUUUGUAUUUCCACUUACUGGAACUCGUAUUUGGAAAACAAAGUGUCUUGCAGCACUGAGUAGAUGGUCAGUGACUUCGUUGUAAGUAACAAUUGCCAAACAUGGUGAAGUACCAGCAUUGCUGUCAUUUCAACCACAUGCCAUUCUGACACGCUUCCUUCAGCUUUACCUGUGAAAAAGCAAUGGCAUCAUUUGUUAGCGCAUGGAUGGUUCAUCUCCUUCCUGUUCAAACACAUGGUGUAUUCCUUUAAUUCUGAAUAAAUUCUGAAUUGUCUUAUCAGUUGACAACAGCUCAAUCUAAGUACUGAAAGAAUGUAAUAUUUCUGCAGGGCUGAGAUACUCUGGUGUUUAGUGUAUUUCUGGUUUGUUCUGGGUACUUUGGUUUCCUCUUGCAUCCUUGUCCCCUUGCUGUUCCUAUUGUGUUGUCCUACGUACAGCUUAGCCAGCACUCGGCCUUUUGUGUUUGCCACUGAUUUUCUCUAGUACGUGUUAAAAAGGAGCUAUGACAGAAGUGGCAGCAUCAAAUCUUACAAAAAGAGACUUCCAAAAUUCAAUGAAGAGUGAUGGAGAGGCAUUUCCAUUCAGUGUGUCCAUGAGACUUUUUCUGCUGCUGAAUUGAACUGUGCCAUUCCAGAGGAGUCAUGUAAUAAUUCAGUGAUUGGCUUCACAAAGCUGGAAUAAGGGAAAAUGGAAUGUCUAGUAGUUAAUUGUUUACAUACAUUUAGUUGGAUAACAUUAACUUUUUCUUCUGGUUUUUCUGUAGGUCUUUCUUUUAGAAUGCUAGAGGAAAUAAAACUGUGAUCAUUUUUCUGUAGAAGCAGUGGCACAAAAAGUCUGAUUCUAAGCAGUUAAAUCAACAGCAGAUUAUAUGGUGCUAUGAAGACCUGUUGGAACUAUUUCAACAGAGGUCCUUUUUAAAGUGCACUCAGUGCUGAUAUGCAAAAUACUGUUUCACUGUAUGAUAUUAAAAAUCUAUGUAAGACUAAAGGUUAUCAAAACAGUUAGGUCAGCUCCUUAUUUUUCAACACUUUUU